AUGCCGAAUUUAUGGACAAGCCUCUUUGCAUUCGUAACCGGCCAAUGGGAUGUCAUAAACCCACAUUGGAGAGGCAGCAGCACGCCUCGUGAUGAGUCUAUUCGCCGCGAGGAGGUGCCCAGCUGGCACCGACAUGUCCGGGCGAGCGAGUCCAGGACGAUUUACCCGGCGCGGGUGAUUCCUGACCUCACGCGCGGCGACGUCGCUAAUCCGUCGGGAUUAAUCAACGGCGAAGGCGGGCCCACGGUCUUUACUCGUGACUCGGCGGGAGAUGAGGCACCCUCCGUGACGGUCGACUUUGGACAGAAUACUGUGGGUAUUAUUUCAAUUUCCUUUGCCGGGUCGUCGUCCUCGUCUACUUCCGGAACCGUGGGUCACGAAAACGAUGAGAGAAAAGACCAAGAGGACAGCAGCAGCAGACCCGGCAUCAGACUAGCCUUCUCCGAGACACUACAGUUCCUGAGCAACGUCAGCGACUUCUCCCGCUCCUACAACGGCGACACAAUCACACCCGGCAGCGACCAAAUCGCAGUCGCCAAGGACAACUACACCUGGACCGCGAAACACGGAUGCCAGUAUACCAACGAACAAGGCAAAGGCCAAGUCUGCGCAGACGGCCUCCACGGCUUCCGCUACCUCCGCAUCUACCUCGACGCCCUCCCCUCCGACGCGCCGCACACAACCCCACAAGGCCAGGUCAAUAUCUCGUCGCUGUCCCUAGCGCUCUCGGCCUACCACGGCACGCCCGAUACCUUUCGGGGCUGGUUCGAGUGCAGCGACGAGGAGCUGACGCGGUGGUGGUUCGACGGGGUGUACACCAACGACCUCUGCGUCGACGAGUUCCGCGGCGCCGAGGACGCGGAGCCCCGGGGCGCGGCGAGCGAGACGCUCGAGGGGAAGAUUGUGCUGCACGACGCGCCGAAGCGCGAUCGCGAUCCGUACGUCGGGGACCUGGCGGUCGCGGCGCUGACGGGUAUGAACUACACGCUUCCCUUGUUCGACUACCCCCUCUGGUGGGUCGUCUGCAGCCACGACUACGUCUGGUACACGGGCGACGUGGAGUACAUCUCAACCUACUACGCCAACCUCGUCGCCGUUCUAGACGGAUGGUACGUCUCCGUCACGGACCCGGAGACCGGGCUCGUGACCAAGGGCCUGAAUGGUACCUCGGGCUACGGCGACUACGCUUUCCUGCCGAGACAGGGGCCAGUGACGUACUACAACGCGCUCUACGUCCUCGCGCUACGCCGGGCCGCGGAAAUGGCGGCAGAGAUAGAAAAGGAAGGGGACGCAGAGCGGUGGGUAGCGAGGGCGGACGACGUCGCCUCCACGCUGGCCAGACGCAACUUUGACACGGCGAGGGGCGCGUUCUGGGACGGGACGGACGGAGCCGGGGAGUUUGUGGCGGCGCACGCGCAGGACGGGAACAGUCUCGCCAUUCUCGCUGGCGGCGUGGUGGACACGAGUACGGCGAGGGGCAUCCUGGCGUACUACGCCGGCGCCGCGUCGCGGACCUACGGGAACGCAUUUUACGACUCGGAUGCUGUGGGCCAGGGGUUCAGUCAGCGGGUGUACGCCUUCAUCUCCUACUUUGAGAUGGCGGCGCGGUUCGCGUCCGGGGUCGGGGAGACGGCCGUGGAGGAGAUGCGGAGGUUGUACGGGUGGAUGGCGGGGCAGGAUCCGGGCGUGACGUUUUGGGAGGGGAUCGGGGGGCCGGAUGGACGGCCUUACGAGGACGGGUUCACGAGUAUGGCGCACGGGUGGUCUACGGGUGUUGUGCCGCUGAUGAGUGGGUAUGUUCUCGGGGUGAGGCCUACGGGGCCUGGGUUCCGGACGUGGAGUGUCAUUCCUGAGGUGAGCGGGUUGAAGUGGGCGAGGGGUGUUGUGCCGACGCCCGAGGGGGAGGGGAUCCGGGUUGAGUGGGAGGAUUUUGGGACGGGUGAGGGAGUGCAGUUCAGGAUUGUCGUGUGGGCUGCGAGGGGCACCAGGGGCGUUGUUGGUGUUCCUGUGAGGGUGAGGGAUGUGGUUGUUGAUGUUGGCGGGAGGGCUGUGUAUCGUGGGCGUGACGGGGUUGGGGCGAGGUUUGAGGGGGAAAAGGUUUGGGUUGAGGUUGAAGGGGGAGAUGGUGUUGAUGGGGUGGCCAUUUCUGUUCGACUUGUCGAGGAAGGUUUGUGA